CAGAGUGGGCACUGCCCAUAGCAACGUCCACAGAGUGGGCACUGCUCAUAGCAACGUCCACAGAGUGGGCACUGCCCAUAGCAACGUCCACAGAGUGGGCACUGCCCAUAGCAACGUCCACAGAGUGGGCACUGCCCAUAGCAACGUCCAAAGAGUGGGCACUGCCCAUGGAACUGGCCGAACAGAACGCUCUCAGAAGUGGCGGUAAAACCGUCGCGAGGCCGGACCAGAGUAGCGGUGCUAGCUGGCUACUGAACCACCUCACACUGCGACUUUAGUCAUUCAACAAUUAACCGAGAUUAUAUACCGGUGUUUAACUGGAAAGGCGAGAGCUACACCAAGGAUACAUCUCACUUAAGGAAAAUGGAAACAGUUGCGGGUCAGAAAGAGAAGGCGAAGUUUGCCCCGCUGGUGCCCCGUGAGAAGAAGCCAGGGCAUGGAGAGAAAGGAGGGGGAAAAGGGAGUGAGAAUAAGUGGAAAGGAGAGGGGGGUGGAAAUAAGGAGAGAAACAUUGAUGUAGGAAAGAAGACAGGAGAAUCAUGUGAAGGAGAGAGAGGAGUAGAGAGCAAGGGUAAGGCCUCUGGGUUAGAGAAGAAAAGAGGAGAACGGAUGAAGAAAGAAGGGAAGAAGAAGACGCCAGAUACAGAAAAAGUGAGGGCUGCAGAUGAAGGGGUUCCCCAGCAACAGGAAGGUAAAGGAGAGAGAGGAGGAGGAGAGGGAGUGAAGGAGAAUAAAAAACAGAAAAAUAAGGAAGACCUAUCCAGGAAGGAAACAGAUAAAGGGAAGGAGGGAAUGAAUGGGAAAAAGAAGAAGAAAGAGAAUGAGAAGGUCAGGAAGGAAGGGAAAGAGACAAAAAAGAAGAGACCGAGGGAUGAGACAGAGAGCAAUAAGGUGCUCCAUCUAACAGACAGUCAGUAUGAUGAUAUAUUUGAUAGUGCUACGGCUCUGGAGACACCUGUAGACAACUGUCUGGAGGAUGCCAGAGCUGUGCUGAGUGAGGUGGAGUUACUGCAGGCCACCAUUGACCAGGUCUCUCUCAGGGAGGAGGAACAGCCUCCCAGGAGAGUGUCUGGUGAGAGAAAGACUGCAGCUUCCGGCUCACACACACAGAGGAAGAGGAAGAGAAGAAGGGAGGAAGAGGAAGACAGCGACUCCAGUGCAGAAUUUGAUCAGUGGGUUCAGUGUAGUAGGUCUGUCUGUGGGAAAUGGAGAAGAGUAGAGAGACACGUUGACCUGGCUGCCCUUCCCAGCGACUGGACCUGUAUACACGACACAGGCCCUGGUCUCUGUGAGGCUACGGAGGACAGCUGGUCGGGACAAGAGUGUGAUGUCAUCAACAGCAGUCUGGUUCCUGGAUCUCUGGUCUGGGCUCAACAGAUUGGAUAUCCUUGGUGGCCAGCGAUAGUGGAGAGAGAUCCAGACACCAAGACCUUCUGCCAGUUCAACAGGAAUACUGACCUGUACCCUUGCAGGUACCAUGUAACAUACCUGGGGGAACCAGUCAGCAGAGCCUGGGUGUGUCGGUCUAAAGUCAGAACUUACACAGAACUCACUGAGGAUGCCGCCAUCACGGGGAAGUCUCUCCAGAGAUUCAAGAAGAAGUUGAGAGAAGCUGUCCUCAUAGCAACACAAGCCCAGAGUAUUCCACUCAAGAGGAGGUUGUCUAGGUUUGGGUUCUGGACUCAACAAACAUCAGACAGAGAGAGCUCAGAGGACAGCGACAUUGCUGAGGUGAUGGAGAUGCUUCUGGACCAUGAAAAGAGCAGGAGGUCAGCAUACGUCAGAAACAAGAAGUCAGCUGUGGUGAAUGCUGCUAAGAGACAGAGUGAAAGAGAGCAGAGUGAGCCCAGAAAGAAAACCAUGAAACAAGGAGGAGAGAGAGAAUGGAGGAGAGAAGACGAGACUGAAGGGAGGAGGGAAGGAGAGCAGCUUGGAAUAAAAAGACCAGAGCCAAUUGGAGGGGACCUGAACGAGGGAGGAAAGGGAGUGAAAGAGAGAGCUGGAGAGAAGAAAAAAGGAGAGGAGGAAGGUAAGAAGAGAGUGAUGACUCCCUGGCUCUCCAAACUAAAGAAAGGCAGCGCGACCACGGCCAGACCAGCCUCUCCACCCAGCAAAGACCAGACUGUACUAGGGAGAGAGAGAGAGGAGAAGAGAGAAGGAGUGGAGGAGAAGAGAGAGGGAGACGGAGUAGAGGAGGAAAGAGCGAAAGAGACCAGUAAAGGAGAAGAAAGGAAGGAACUGAGAGAGGAGAGAAGCCUGGAAGAGGAAGAGAAGGAGGAUGAAGAGGGACAUGAGUCUGAUAUAUCUGUUGAGGGGGAGGCAGUGAAGGAGAAGGAAGAGGGACAUGAGUCUGAUAUAUCUGUUGAGGGGGAGGCAGUGAAGGAGGAGGAAGAGGGACAUGAGUCUGAUAUAUCUGUUGAGGAGGAGGCAGUGAAAGAGGAAGGGAGAGAAACAGGAGAGGGAGGAGAGGAACAACAGAUCAAGGAAAAGGAAGGGAAGGAGUUUGUACAAUCUGUGUUUGUAGGGGAGGGGGAUGAGGGAGGAGAGGAUGAUUUCCUAGAUGAAGACAUGGAGAUUCUGGGCUGCAGAGAGGAAGUGAUGAAGAGACUAGCUCAGGAACCCAUUCAGGAAGAGGAGGAUGACUUCUCUAUCAUGCUGUUUGAGGAGGAGUAGAGAGAGGGAGGGAAGAGGGGAGUAGGUAACAGUCUAUCUCCUACUGUUCGGGUCAGGAACCGUUUCUGUUUUCUAUUGUUGAUGUAAAUAGUUGAGUUCGGGUAUGUAAGUUAUGAGUUGGGUUACAUUAUUUAAUCAGUUGUAUAAUAUAAUAAACAUUGAAUUAUUAGUUUCUAACUUGUGAGUUUGUCUGGUUGUAAAUGGUGGAGAUGGGAGCAGCAUUGAACCAGUGUGUGUGUAGGGGGUUUGUGUGUAAAAAAAACAACGUUGUUUUGGAGUUUCAGAGUUGUUUGUUUCCUGCUAGCUGCUGUUUUUACAGGGUACUCUCUCU